GAAGAAGAAGCAGGAAACAGGAAGUACCUACGCCAGUUGGCGAUAGCUCUUCCUGUCGCAACAUGGCUAGUUGCUGUUCCCUGAAAGUAUUGACACUUUUCAGCCUGUUUAUUGUUCCUGCCGCGGUGGAAAGUAAUAAUAUUGAGGCUAAAGCUGGUCAAUUCUUCAACAGUGGACACACAAACAAUUGGGCAGUUUUGGUGUGCACAUCCAGAUUCUGGUUCAACUAUCGUCAUGUGGCCAACACGCUAUCUGUGUACCGUAGUGUCAAGAGACUGGGCAUCCCAGACAGUCACAUAGUUUUGAUGCUGGCCGACGACAUGGCGUGUAACCAUAGAAACCCAAAGCCGGCCACGGUGUUCAGUCACAAGAACAUGGAGCUCAACGUGUACGGAGAUGACGUGGAGGUGGAUUACCGUGGUUACGAGGUGACCGUUGAGAACUUCCUCCGUGUUCUGACGGGAAGGCUGCCACCCAGCACCCCGCGCUCCAAACGCCUCCUCUCUGACGACCACAGCAACAUCCUCAUCUACCUCACUGGCCACGGUGGGAACGGCUUCCUGAAGUUCCAGGACUCUGAAGAGAUCAGCAACGUGGAGCUGGCCGACGCCUUUGAACAGAUGUGGACGAAGAGAAGGUACAAUGAGCUACUGUUCAUCAUUGAUACUUGUCAGGGAGCCUCCAUGUAUGAGAGAUUCUACUCUCCUAACCUCAUGGCCCUGGCCUCCAGUCAAGUAGGAGAGGACUCCCUGUCGCACCAGCCAGACCUGGCUAUCGGGGUCCAUCUGAUGGACAGGUAUACAUUCUACCUGUUGGAGUUUCUAGAGGAUAUUCACCCUGCUAGCACCGCUAACAUGAAUGAUCUGUUUAAGGUGUGUCCUAAGAGUCAGUGUGUGUCCACUCCGGGCCACCGUACAGACCUUUUCCUCCGGGACCGUAACGUCCUCAUCACCGACUUCUUUGGCAGUGUACGCAAAGUAGAGAUCACCGUGGAAACCAUCAACCUGACAGCUCCCAUGGUGCAUCUGGCUGUGGAAAGACCAGUAAGUGAGCUGAAGACAGAGAGCCAGUCAUACGUGGACCAACUACCAGUGGCUGAGAUUAUACACCAGAAACCGAAGCAGAGGGACUGGCAUCCUCCAGAUGGUUUCAUCCUGGGUCUGUGGACUCUCAUCCUCCUGGUCUUCUUCAAGACGUACGGCGUCAAGCACCUUAAGCACAUCUUCUAACCUCUGACCCGUCUUCUGCUCCUUGUGCAGUUUGACUAGUUCACUUGGCUUCC